GAUAGCAUUUGAGGACCUGGCUGUUUACUUUACCUGGGAGGAAUGGCAGAACAUGAACAAAGCUCAGAAAAUCCUGUACAGGGAUGUGAUGCUGGAGACCUACAGCAGCCUGCUCUUCUUGGGACACUGCAUUACCAAACCCGAUUUGAUCUUUAAGUUGGAGCAAGGAGCAGAGCCAUGGAUGGCGAGCGAAUUCCUAAAUCAGAACCUUCCAGUUGCCAUGAAGAGUGAUGACAUUAUUAGGACCAACCAGGAAAUUCGAGAAAAAAAUGUUAAGCAGAAUGUUAUUACAAAUAAUAAGACAUCAACUCCCAGAAGAGUUGAAUUAAAUAAAAGACUUAAUUUAAAUUCAAGUCAUGUUUCAAAACUGGUUAACAAAAAAAGAAAUUAUUCAUCAAUGAAACCUGAGAAAUGCAAUGUGUGUCACAAUGUGUAUCCCAAUGGUGGGGCUGAUGAGCUGCAAGCUAGAGAGAAAGUUGAUGCUGCUAAGAUACCUGGGAACUCUGCCCAGUGCUAUGAGCCUCUUAGUGAGUAUCACAAGAUUCAGACUGUGAAGCCUUCAUUGGAACAUAGUGGACAAGGGAAAGACUUCAAAAGGAAGAAGAUAUUCUUUAGAUUUGGCAUGGUCCAUAUGGGAGACUCCUGUAAUAAGUCAACUGUCACUGUUGGAAAGACAACUCAAAUAGAAAAAACUCUUCAUAAAAAUGCUAACCUCAGUAAGCAUCAACAAAUCAACACAGGAGAGAAAGUCUAUGAAGAUAUGGGAUAUGUGGAACCUCUUCUUUACAAAUCAGAUCUUUUAAUAAAUCAGAGACAACAUAUACAGAAAAAACCCUAUGCAUGUAAGUCUCGUGGAAAAUCCUUCAGGUGUAAGUCCUCCCAUACCAUCAUUCACAGUACUUCCUUACAGGAAAACUUGCAAGAGUGUAAUGAAUGUGGAAAAGCCAUAUACCCGAAGGUAGAUGAUAUUAGACAUCAGGAAAUUCAUACAGAGGACAAACCUAAUGAAUGUAAAGACUGUGGGAAAGCCUUUGGCAAGAAGUCACAUCUUGUAAUACAUCAGAGAAUUCACACAGGAGAGAAACCUUAUGAGUGCAAUGGCUGUGGAAAAGCCUUCGGCUAUAAGUCACAACUCAAAACCCAUCAGAGAAUUCACACGGGGGAGAAACUUCAUGAAUGUCCUGACUGCGGAAAAGACUUCAUCUGUAAGUCACAACUCAUAAUCCAUCAGAGAAUUCACACAGGGGAGAAACCUUAUGAAUGUAAUGACUGUGGAAAAGCCUUCAGGAAUAAGUCACAACUCAAAGUCCAUCAGAGAAUUCACACAGGGGAGAAACCUUAUGAAUGUAAUGACUGUGGAAAAGCAUUCAGCAGUAAGUCACAACUCAAAAUCCAUCAUAGAGUUCACACAGGGGAGAAACCUUUUGAGUGCAAUGGCUGUGGAAAAGCCUUCAGCUAUAAGUCACAACUCAAAAUCCAUCAGAGAAUUCACACAGGGGAGAAACUUCAUGAAUGUCCCGACUGUGGAAAAGACUUCAUCUGUAAGUCACAACUCAUAAUCCAUCAGAGAAUUCACACAGGGGAGAAACCUUAUGAAUGUAAUGAGUGUGGAAAAGCCUAUGGCAAGAAGUCACAUCUCAUAACCCAUCAGAGAAUUCACACAGGGGAGAAACCUUAUGAAUGCAAUGACUGUGGAAAAGCCUUCAGGAGUAAGUCACAACUCAAAGUCCAUCAGAGAAUUCACUCUGCAGAGAAACCUUAUGCAUGUAAUGACUGUGGAAAAGCCUUCAGGAGUAAGUCACAACUCAAAAUCCAUCAGAGAAUUCACACAGGGGAGAAAGCUUAUGAGUGCAAUGGCUGUGGAAAAGCCUUCAGCUAUAAGUCACAACUCACAAUGCAUCAGAGAAUUCACACAGGAGAGAAACUUUAUGAAUGUCCUGACUGUGGAAAAGACUUCAUCUGUAAGUCCCAACUCAUAAUCCAUCAGAGAAUUCACACAGGGGAGAAACCUUAUGAAUGUAAUGACUGUGGAAAAGCCUUCAGCGUUAAGUCACAACUCAAAGUCCAUCAGAGAAUUCACACAGGGGAGAAACCUUAUGAAUGUAAUGACUGUGGAAAAGCCUUAAGCUCUAACUCACAACUCAAAGUCCAUCAGAGAAUUCACACAGGGGAGAAACCUUAUGAAUGUAAUGACUGUGGAAAAGCCUUCAGGAGUAAGUCACAACUCAAAACCCAUCAUAGAGUUCACACAGGGGAGAAAGCUUAUGAGUGCAAUGGCUGUGGAAAAGCCUUCAGGAGUAAGUCACAACUCAAAACCCAUCAGAGAAUUCACACAGGGGAGAAGCUUUAUGAAUGUAAUGAGUGUGGAAAAGCCUAUGGCAAGAAGUCACAUCUCAUAACCCAUCAGAGAAUUCACACAGGGGAGAAACCUUAUGAAUGUAAUGACUGUGGAAAAGCAUUUGUCCAAAUGUCAGACCUGAAGAAACAUCAGAGAAUUCACACAGGGGAGAAACCUUAUGAAUGUAAUGACUGUGGAAAAGCCUUCAGCUAUAAGUUACAACUCAAAAUCCAUCAGAGAAUUCACACAGGAGAGAAACCUUAUGAGUGUAAUGAUUGUGGGAAAACCUUUGGCCAGAAGUCACAACUCAUAAUGCAUCAGAGAAUUCACACAGGAGAGUAACCUCAUUAA